GAUCGAUCCAUUUGUUUACGGAGGUUGUCUGCUAGUCUUUUCGCUUAGUCCGAGGUGUUUUGAGAAUAAAGUACCAUGCUUUAAAUUGUUCUUUUUAUGUAAUCAUUCCAAGUAAAUCAACCGUACUGCAAUGACGGGAACGGGAGAUAAUAUCACAGAAUUAGGAGAGAUAGAAAAUGUCAGAGUUGUUGUUCGUGUUCGACCAUUAAAUGGAAAGGAGUUGGACGGACACUGCAAAAAUAUAAUACAAGUGGACGCGUUAAACAGUGAAAUAACUAUCGAAAAUCCAAAUGCACUUCAAGGUGAACCACCAAAAGUUUUCUCCUUUGAUGCUGUCUUUGACACCGAUUCUACUCAAGUUGAUAUUUAUAAUGAAACUGCAAGACCUAUCGUUGAUAAAGUUUUACAAGGAUAUAAUGGAACUAUACUUGCAUAUGGUCAAACUGGUACCGGUAAAACAUAUACUAUGUCAGGUGCAAAAACUCCUCCUCAGCUUAGAGGUGUUAUCCCAAAUACCUUUGCACAUAUAUUUGGACACAUAGCUAAAGCAGAUGAAAAUCAAAAAUUCCUUGUACGUGCAACAUAUUUGGAAAUUUAUAAUGAAGAAGUAAGAGAUCUUCUCGGUAAGGAUCAAACCAGUCGAUUAGAGGUCAAAGAACGACCAGACAUUGGAGUAUUUGUAAAGGAUCUUAGUGGUUAUGUCGUAAAUAAUGCAGAUGAUUUAGAUCGUAUCAUGUCACUUGGCAAUAAAAAUCGUGUCGUAGGAGCAACUGCCAUGAAUGUCUCUAGCUCUAGAUCUCAUGCUAUAUUUACAAUAACAGUUGAAUCUAGUCAACUUGGUGAAGAUGGAGAACAACAUGUUAAAAUGGGAAAACUUCAUUUAGUGGAUUUAGCUGGUUCUGAAAGACAAAGUAAAACAAAAGCAAGUGGAGUAAGACUUAGAGAAGCUACCAAAAUUAAUUUAUCAUUAUCAACAUUGGGUAAUGUAAUAUCUGCUCUUGUUGAUGGGCAAAGCUCUCAUGUGCCUUACAGAAAUUCAAAGUUGACAAGAUUGCUUCAGGACUCUUUGGGUGGUAAUUCUAAAACGUUGAUGUGUGCGAAUGUAAGCCCUGCUGAUAUAAAUUAUGAUGAAACGAUAAGCACACUACGUUACGCUAAUCGUGCCAAGAAUAUAAAGAAUAGAGCAAGAAUAAAUGAAGAUCCUAAAGAUGCUUUACUUCGUCAAUUUCAAGUUGAGAUUGAACAGUUACGAAAACAGCUUGAAGAAAAUGGAACAGAAAUAUCAGAAACAGAAUCUGAAACGGAAGAUUCAGAAGACACAGGAGAACCGCGACGUGAGAAAAAAGCAAAACACAGAAGAAGUCAAAUGUUAACGAUGGAAGAAUUAGGUGACAGAGAUGUAAAUACAGAAAAAGUAGAUAAAGCAGAAAGAGAUGACAAAAGUCCAGAUGAUAAAGAUGUUAUCGAAUUAAAAAGGACACAAAGUGAAAAAGAAGCCUUAAGAGAAAAAAUGCAGAAUUUACAAAAUAAGAUAUUGGUCGGUGGUGAAAAUUUAUUAGAAAAAGCUGAAGCUCAGGAACAAUUAUUAGCUGCUGCAGCUAUUGAACUUGACCAACGUAAAAGUCGAGAAGAACAAUUAAAGAAAGCUAUAGAAGAAAAAGAAGCAGAACGUAUCGAUAUAGAAGAAAAGUAUUCCUCUUUACAGGAGGAAGCAGCUGGAAAAACUAAAAAAUUAACUAGAGUUUAUACAAUGCUGAUGUCUGUUAAAGCUGAGUUGUCUGAUUUACAACAGGAGCACCAAAGAGAAAUGGAAGGUCUUUUAGAAGGAGUUAGAGGUAUUGGAAGAGAAUUACAACUUCAAGAAUUAAUUGUGAAUAACUAUAUACCUUUGCAGUAUCAAACUAUGAUUGAAAGAUAUGUUCAUUGGAACGAUGAUAUCGGCGAAUGGCAAUUAAAGUGUGUAGCAUACACCGGUAAUAAUAUGCGGAAAGCACAAGUAAUACCACCUAUUGGAAAUAACAGAGAUCAAAUUCAACCAGAUAUGUCAAAUAUAUAUCUUACAUAUAAUACAAGAACAGAUAGUACAUUCAUACAACCGAAAAAGGUAAGAAGUCGCUCGGGUGUACCACGACCAACUACAGCUCAUCGACAUAUACCACAUUAAAAGAAUAUUAGGUUGUGAAAUAAUAAUAAUUAUAUUUCAAAUCUUACUUAGCCUUUCUAAAAUACUUUUUGUAAUAAGUAGUAAUGAUUUUAUUUAUUUAUUUUUUAUUAAAUGUGAUAAUUUCUAAUGAGGACUUAUGCACAUUGUAGCACAUAUAUAUGAGGUGGCUUUUCAACUUAAUCAGAAGUAUUGCUAUAUAGAAUACAUAAAAAGAGUCGCCUCAAUGUGUGCUUCAUGCAAUAGUACAGUGAUAUUCUUAUGUAUUAUUAUAAUUAUACUUUUCUUCAAAUUAUUUUUGAAGAAUUAUUUUGAAGAAUUUUUUAUCAAAUUUAUUGAUAAAUGCAUAAUGAAUAUUUUUUUAAAUAUUCUUUUACAAAUUAACAUUAAAAUUUUUUAUUAGAAUAUGAUAUUAAUGAUGAUCAAACACAUUCUAUAUUGUCCCUUGUUAUUUCUAUAAAUUUUUUCAAUUUUAAUUAACCUUUUUAAAUUUUUUAUGUACAUCAAUUGUAAGUAUAAAAUUGUUACAUAUUUCUUCUGUGAUGCAAUCUACAUUGCAAGAUGCAGACCAAAUAAUGAAACGUAAAUGAGUACUGAAUUCAAUAUAUGCAAUAUCUUUCUCUUUUAUUAUAGUAUUUGACACAGAUAAUUUCCAAAAGAAAAAUAAUUAUAGAGAAGAAAAGUAUGUACCAUACAGUACCUGUGUUAUUAGAAAUAAAAACUAAAAUAUCAUGCCUCAAAGGCAAGUAGGAUAUUUGAUGCAUGUCAAAAUAUUUAAGAACAGCUAAAAAAUUUAUUACAUGUUUUUACAUUAUCAUCAUAUAGAGAUUUUGAUAAACAACACGUCUUGAUAAAGUCUGCGUGUAUGUGAAAAAUACUCUGAGACAUAUUAAUCCCACAAUACCAAGAUUUCAUUGUAAACUUGGUACAGAUUCUUAUUAAUUUAUUAAUUUAAUGUAUAAAGUUGUCUCUUGUCCCUGUGUCUUAAUCAAUCAAUGUUCAUCUCUGUCUUAAUAUAAUGUAUCGUAUAAAACCAUUGGAUAAAAAUAAUAGAAUUAUAGCGGCUCUAACAAGUAAUAUAUAUUUUUGAUCGAAAAAAAGAAAUAUACGCGAAUAAAAAUAAAAAAAGAAAAAUUAUAGAGCCAUUCAAUUAUCAAACCUGAAUUGUCAAUGCUUUAAGACACUAACUAGAUUUAUUCUUACAUAAUUUUUAUGCUCUUUAAUCUUUUGUAGUUACUUAUGAUGCAUUUAUUAAGUACUGUGAUAAAGAAACGCUUAUAUUAUUUUGAAUGUUUUUUUUUCUGCACUUUAUUUACAAAUAAUAUAAGAAUCACAACAACUAGAUUUUAAC